AUGUGGCCCCAAGUGAUUCUUGUGUGUUUUUUCAUAAAUCUAGCAUAUGGGUUGCAGCAAGCGGUCAGUUUUGAAUACAAAUACAGCUUUAAAGGCCCCCAUUUGACCCAGAGCAACAAAAGCAUCCCAUUCUGGGAUUACGGAGGAGAUGCUAUCGCGUUCGAUGAUUAUAUCAGAUUAACUCCCCAUAGAAGGAACAAAAGAGGUUGGGUCUUGAGCACUCUAAAAACAAGCUUUAACCAGUGGUUUGUGGAAUGUGUUUUCAAAGUCACAGGACGGGGUCGUGUCGGUGCACAUGGACUGGCUGUGUGGUUUACAGAGGACAAAGGUCAGGUCGGACCAGUUUUUGAGAACCAGGUUAUGUGGAGGGGACUGGGUGUGUUUAUGGACUCCUCUGAUAAUGAUGGACAGCAUAACAAUCCAUACAUUAUGGCAAUGGUUAACGGCGGAACACAACAGUAUGACCACCAGAGUGAUGGUUCCCAGCAACAGCUUGGUGGAUGUCUACGUGAUUUCAGAAACAAACCGUACCCAAUCAGAGUGAAGAUAGAGUACUACAGUAAAAUCCUUACAGUAUUUGUGAACAAUGGUCUGACCAAUAACAAGGAUGACUUUGAGCUGUGUCUGAGACAGGAGAAUGUUAAUCUACCAGACAGUGGCUACUUUGGUAUAAGUGCUGCUACUAGUAGACUCGCAGGUAAUCAUUAA